GAAGCUCCACUAAUGGUCAGCUCCACAUGUAGUGAUUUACCAAGCAAGCCAUGACAUUGCUUCUAUUCAGAGCUCUCCUUCUCAUUCUAUUUCUAUACACUUCCAAUGCUGCUGAUCCUCUAGGGGAUUUAUGCAAUAAAGGCACCAAAAUUAGCAGCAAGAUAUCAAAAAAUAUUGAUCACUUGUUGUCUGAACUAGUUGCCGGAGCCCCCUCUCCUGGUUAUAUUGCUACCUCCACCGGCAACGGCCAAGAUAAAGUGUAUGGCCUAGCACAAUGCAGAGGUGAUGUUAGCUCCGAUGACUGCUCCGGUUGCCUCCAGGAUGCAGCAAAGGAAAUCCGCCAACGCUGUCCAGACCAAGUUGAUGCAAGAAUUUGGUAUGAUUAUUGCUUUUUGAGGUAUAACGGCGAGAAUUUUAUCGGAAAACUUGACACUUCUUAUGCUAUAUUUUACUUCAACGUUGAGAAUGUAACUGACCCUGAAGAUUUUAACAAAAAGCUUGGAUCUUUGAUAGAUAAGAUAAGAUCACAAGCUGUUGUGCCAAAGAAUAAAGGGCUUGGCAAAGGUGAGAUCAGUUUAUCACCUUUUGUUACAGUUUAUGGUUUAGUGCAAUGCACGAGGGACCUUGCUGUGAUAGAUUGUGCUCAGUGUUUAGCUAUUGCAGUUGGUAAUUUCCCAAAUUUCUGCAACAAUAGGAAAGGCUGCAGAGCUCUUUAUAGUAAUUGUUAUGUUCGAUAUGAGCUCUACCCGUUUUUCUUUCCUCUUGAUUCAACCAAUUCCACAUCAGUAAGUGGGAAUUUAGUUGUAAAAGUUUAUGCAUAGAAUAUGGCAUGUGCAAGUCAGCCUUAUCUUUAUAAUAUACUGUUGAUGAAUGAUAGUGAGUGUUGUUCUUCUUUAAAA